AUGAAGUGUCGGUCGGCGAUAUCACUUGCUGUUCAUGCGCUAGGCGCCAGGGUUGAUGAGUCCAUCUCUGAGCAUCGCCAGUUUGGUUACUCCUUGCUCUGUGCGGCGGCCUCGGGUAACGAGGAUGAUUUCGAUGUGUUCUACAAAGCGCUUAAGGCUCACAAUCUCUCCUUUAAUUGGGAUUCCUUCGGAGCAGCUUGUGCUGAUCCUGGUGUGGAAAUCGAGUUCUCUGAGCCAGACGUCUUGUUCACCGGAGAGGUACAAUCAUGUGAUAGCAGUAAUGAUUCCAUCAGUGAGGUGCCAGUAGUGGACCUUGACGAGAGCGAAGAGGAUUCCAGUGAUAGCGACUGUGUAGAGAUCGUAGAUUCCUCUCCUGCUCGACCAAACCCUCGGAAAUCUUCGACUGAGGAUUCCAGGCGAAUCACGACUGAGGUCAAGAGGGAUUUCGUGAGAUCUUCUCGUACGAUACCGAGCGCUCACUGUCUUAGCGAUAAUGCGGUUAUGAUUGUUGAAGAUAUUGAUGUCUGA